AUGUGCCCUGAGCUUCUUGCGGGUAUACCUUAUGGUUCCAAGUCAGACAUCUGGUCUUUGGGUCAGCCUUUUGAAACUGUUUUGCUUCUGCCAUCUGAUUUUUGCAUUUCUCUGCUGUUGUUCACACAUUUAUGGGGGUUGUUCAGGGUGCUGCAUCUGCGAAAUGGCCGCAUUCAAGCCUGCAUUCCAAGCAUUAGACAUGCAAGGUCUAAUCUAUGUGAUAAACAAAUCCAUUGCUGCACCGCUUCCGACCAUAUAUUCUGCUGCAUUGUAAGUGAAUUUGUAGUCACUAAGGUUGAUCAUUUGGUGAAAGAACUACGGUUUUGUGUUCGGAUCCACACUUAA